UAUCAGUCUAGUUAACAUCUUUAUCCAUUUCUUUCAGGCAAUUUGCUAUAUCCUUAUUCGGCCCUUGUCUAAGAACAUACACAGGCGAAUCAAUCGGUUAGUGGCAGAAUUAUUGUGGCUGGAACUUGUAUGGCUUAUCGAUUGGUGGGCAGGAGUGAAGAUCCAACUAUUCACUGAUAGGGAAACCUUGAAUCAAAUGGGUAAAGAACAUGCACUUGUAAUAUGCAACCACAAAAGUGACAUUGAUUGGCUUGUUGGAUGGGUUUUAGCACAGCGAUCAGGUUGCCUCGGGAGUGCAUUGGCUGUAAUGAAGAAGUCGUCAAAAUUCCUUCCGGUCAUAGGCUGGUCAAUGUGGUUUUCGGAGUAUCUUUUUCUGGAAAGAAGCUGGGCCAAGGAUGAAAGCACAUUAAAGUCAGGUCUUCAGCGGUUAAAGGACUUUCCCCAGCCCUUUUGGUUGGCCCUUUUUGUAGAAGGAACCCGCUUCACACAGGCGAAGCUUUUAGCUGCUCAGGAAUAUGCAGCCUCUACAGGAUUGCCUAUCCCUCGAAAUGUUUUGAUUCCUCGCACCAAGGUAAACUGUUUGUCCCUUCUCUAUUUUCUAUAUAAAUGCACACCUCAUCUUGCAUGUCAUUAUUUCUUUUUUCUGGCUCAUUUUGUGUUUACCCACCUUCCUGAACCAGACAAGGGUAGGAAUUGGAGAAAGCAAAUAAACAGACAAAAACAAAAAAAAAGAGGAAGCAUUCUUUGUGUUAUGGUUCUACAAGUAGUUUUCCUUCCUUUUUGUAUUUUGAUUGAUUCAGACGUCUUGAAGAUUAGCAUUCCCUCUCAUUUUCGAUAA